UCUUCUGUCCCCAUACUCCGUACCAUUGCCUUGUUCACAUUCCUUUAAAACUUAUCCGGUUUAACUUAAUCAUAAUGUUGCGCAGGUUUUCUUCGACGUUCAAGAAGUCGAAGGGCGACCCCAAAGCGGACAGCGACCCGAAGCCGAAUGGCGCGCAGGUGAACGGGCAGAGGCGCCAGUCGAAGGUGCCGACCCAGAAGCCUUUGCCCGAACAAAGUCAUAGCGAUCGCAAUGACAAGAGCGACGAUGGCGUGCCGGUGUUUGAGAAGUAUGCGCAGGUGUUGCACGCUUCGCGACGGCCUUUGCCGAACCAGACGGGGGAUGGUACCUACCUAGAGCAUGAGCACCCGGGUAGCCUACUCGGGGAUCUCAAGUCUUUGGGCUUCAAGGAUGUCGGUACGAUGAAGGACUUGAUCAAGACGAAGGCCAAGGGAGAAUACAUUGACGACAAGACCAUGCUCAUGGAGCGGAUCAUCCAACUCGUCAGUGGACUCCCCAGUAACUCAAAGACUCGCACCGAUCUUACCAACGCAUUCCUGGACGAGCUAUGGGGCUCAUUGCCCCACCCGCCUCUCUCAUUUAUGGGAGAAGAGUUCGCCUAUCGCUCAGCCGAUGGUUCUAACAACAACCCCACCCUUCCAUGGCUGGGAGCUGCUAACACGCCGUAUGCGCGCUCGAUUGCCCCGUUGACGAUUCAGCCUGGGGGUCUUCCGGAUGCAGGCCUAGUGUUCGAUUGUGUUUUCGCGCGCCAGAAGUUCAACCCUCACCCAAACAAAGUCUCCAGUCUGUUCUUUGACUGGGCGUCUCUAGUUAUUCACGAUAUUUUCCAGACCGACUACAGAGCUCCUCAUGUCAACAAGACAUCUGCCUACCUUGACCUUUCCAUCCUGUACGGUGAUAACCAGGAGGACCAAGACCUGGUCCGAACCUUCAAGGAUGGAAAACUCAAGCCCGACACAUUUUCGGAGCAGCGACUCCAGGCUUUCCCUCCGGCGUGCUCCGUCAUGAUGGUCAUGCUGAGCCGAUUCCAUAACUACGCAGUGGAAGAGCUUGCAGCCAUUAACGAGAACGGUCGCUUCAACAAGCCCCGUCCCGGCCUCUCCGAAGAAGAAACCAAAAAGGCCUGGGUCAAGUAUGACAACGAUCUGUUCCAGACCGGACGACUGGUUACGUGUGGUCUCUUUAUCAAUAUCACUCUGUAUGAUUAUCUGCGUACCAUCAUCAACAUGAACAGAAGCAACAGCACCUGGUGCUUGGAUCCCAGAGCGCAGAUGGAGGGCGGAAAGGCCACUCCUUCCGGUCUCGGUAACCAGUGCUCCGUGGAGUUCAACCUCGCGUAUCGCUGGCAUUCUGCUAUCAGUGCCAAUGAUGAGAAAUGGACCGAGGAGGUCUACGAAAAGCUCAUGGGAAAGCCUGCUGCGGAGGUUUCCAUGAUGGAGCUGUUGAAGGGAAUGGCUAGAUACGAGCAAGAAAUUCCCAAAGAUCCUUCCAAGCGCACAUUCGCCGAUCUCAAGCGCCAGGAAGAUGGAACCUUCAAGGACGAGGACCUGGUGACUAUCCUGGUCAAUGCGAUUGAAGAUGUUGCGAGUUCUUUCGGUGCACGGAACGUGCCAAAGGUCCUGCGGUCUGUCGAGAUCCUGGGCAUCGAGCAGAGUCGGAAAUGGAAUGUGGGCUCCCUCAACGAGUUCCGGAAGUUCUUUGACUUGAAGCCAUACGAGACUUUCGAGGAAAUUAACUCUGACCCUGAGGUCGCUGACGCGCUCCGUCACCUGUACGAGCACCCGGAUUACGUCGAACUCUACCCCGGUAUUGUGGCGGAGGAGGCCAAGGAGCCCAUGAUUCCUGGUGUCGGUAUUGCCCCGACCUACACGAUCUCCCGAGCGGUGCUCUCGGAUGCUGUUGCACUUGUCCGUGGUGACAGACACUAUACCAUCGACUACAACCCCCGGAACCUCACGAACUGGGGUUACAAUGAGGUUCGCUAUGAUCUCAACACCAACCAGGGAUGUGUGUUCUACAAGCUUGCGACACGGGCCUUCCCGCAGUGGUUCAAGUCGGACUCGAUCUACGCGCAUUACCCGAUGACCAUCCCGAGCGAGAACAAGGUCAUCAUGAAGAACCUGGGUCGCGAAUCUGACUAUUCUUAUGAUCGACCGACUUAUACCGAGCCCACAGCCAAUCUCCUGUCUUAUCCUAAUGUGAAGUUGGCUCUUGACAACCACAAGGAGUUCCGCAUGCUUUGGGGCGGUAUCGCCCCGCUUCAUGCUGGCAAGGGGGGAAGCGAUUUCUGGAGCCGGUCAUUCGAUAACGACCAGUGGCGGAAGAAUCUGAAGGACUUCUACGAAGACGCCACCUUGAAGCUGCUCCGCGAGAAGUCGUGUACUCUGGCAGGCAUCAAGCAGGUCGAUAUUGCAAGGGAUGUUGGAAACCUGGCCCCCGUGCAUUUCGUAUCGAAGUUCUUCUCCCUGCCCUUGAAGACCAACAGCAACCCCCGAGGUGUCUUCACCGAGCACGAAAUGUUCAUGAUCAUGGCGGUUGUCUUUACCUCUACCUUCUUUGAUGUUGACCCGUCCAAGUCCUUCCAGCUCCACCACGCGGCACGCGCUGUCGCUCAGGAGUUGGGCCGGAUUGUGGAAGGCCACGUCAAAUCUAUCAGCUCGCCAAGCUUCCUCUCCAGUCUCAUCGACAGCUUCCGCGAUGACCACAAUGCACUGAAGGACUACGGAGACCAGCUCAUCAAGCGCCUCUUGGAGAGUGGUCUGGGAGUGUCCGAUGUUACCUGGGGCCAGGUCAUGCCGGCGGCCGUUGAGAUUGUUCACAGCCAGAGCCAGAUGUUCACCCAAGUCAUCAACUACUACUUGAAUGAGGGGAGGCAGUAUCUUCCGGGAGUCAAUCUCGCCGCCAAGGAGGACACCGAAGAGGCCAACGACAAGCUCUCUCGCUACUGCUUGGAAGCCAUCCGUCUGAAUGGAAACCUUGGAACUUUCCGCGUGUCUCAAAACGACGUGUGGAUAUCCGAUGAAAGCGGCGACCACGAAAUCAAGGCUGGCGAGAAGGUGUUUGUUGGCUCGGUCAAGGCCAAUCGGGACCCGACGGCCUUCCCGUCGCCCAACGAAGUUCGCCUGGACCGUCCCCUGGCGUCCUACCUCAACUUCGGCACCGGCCGCGAGAGCGGGCUGGGCAAGGAAGCCAAUCUGAUUGCGGUGACCGCGAUGGUCCGGGUUGUCGCCCGUCUGGACAAUCUCCGCCCUGCUCUUGGGGCCCAGGGUGUCUUGAAGAAGAUCCCUCAGCCGGAGGGAUACUCGUUGUACCUGCGGGAGGACUACGGAAGCUUCUCCCCCUGCCCAACCACCUGGAAGCUCCACUACAACGGCGACGUGCCCGCCCCCAAGCGGCAGGUCACCACCGUUUGAGAUGUGUAUGACUCGAAACCAUUCGUUUAGCCGAGACCAUCGGUGUGAUGUGUCUGUUUUUCUUUGAGAUAUCCUUGUCGCUUUAUGAGAGAGUGAUCUCUUCCGGUGUACUCGCUACUGUUCGAUAAUCCCAUUUGUUACAUCAUGU